GCCGCUUUAAGAGCGCGGCUUGCGAUUGACAAGCAAUAACCGCGGAGCGCCGGGUUGCGCGGAAUCGCCCCAAGCUAGGGGCUCCCCAAAACGCAGGAGACUGACUUCAGAACCCUCGCUGGCUCCAUUCACCAUGCCGGUUGCUGCCACGAACUCCGAGUCUGCUAUGCAGCAAGUCUUGGACAACCUGGGAUCCCUGCCCAAUGCCACUGGGGCUGCAGAACUGGACCUGAUCUUCCUUCGAGGCAUAAUGGAAAGUCCGAUAGUCAGAUCCCUGGCCAAGGCCCACGAGCGGCUGGAGGAGACAAAGUUGGAGGCAGUUCGGGAUAACAACCUGGAGCUGGUGCAGGAAAUCCUUCGGGACCUGGCAGAGCUGGCAGAACAGAGCAGCACUGCUGCAGAGCUGGCACGCAUCCUCCAGGAGCCCCACUUCCAGUCCCUCCUGGAGACACAUGACUCAGUGGCCUCAAAGACCUAUGAGACACCACCCCCCAGCCCAGGUCUGGAUCCCACAUUCAGCAACCAGCCAGUACCUCCUGAUGCAGUGCGCAUGGUGGGCAUCCGAAAGACUGCAGGAGAACAUCUGGGUGUGACGUUCCGAGUGGAGGGUGGCGAGCUGGUGAUUGCCCGCAUUCUGCACGGGGGCAUGGUAGCUCAGCAAGGCCUGCUGCACGUUGGUGACAUCAUCAAGGAAGUGAACGGGCAGCCAGUGGGCAGCGAUCCCCGGGCACUGCAGGAGCUCCUGCGCAGCGCCAGUGGCAGUGUCAUCCUCAAGAUCUUGCCCAGCUACCAGGAACCCCACCUGCCCCGACAGGUAUUUGUUAAAUGCCACUUCGAUUAUGACCCUGCCCGGGACAGUCUCAUUCCCUGCAAGGAGGCAGGCCUGCGCUUCCAUGCCGGGGACUUGCUCCAGAUUGUAAACCAAGAUGAUGCCAAUUGGUGGCAGGCAUGCCAUGUAGAAGGGGGCAGUGCCGGGCUCAUUCCCAGCCAGCUGUUGGAGGAGAAGCGGAAAGCAUUUGUCAAGCGGGACCUGGAACUGACCCCGACCUCAGGGACCCUAUGUGGCAGCCUUUCAGGAAAGAAAAAGAAGCGAAUGAUGUAUUUGACUACCAAGAAUGCAGAAUUUGACCGCCAUGAGCUGCUCAUUUACGAGGAGGUGGCCCGCAUGCCCCCAUUCCGCAGGAAAACCCUGGUGCUGAUUGGCGCACAGGGUGUGGGCCGGCGCAGCCUGAAAAAUAAGCUCAUUCUGUGGGAUCCGGAUCGCUACGGCACCACAGUGCCCUACACAUCCCGGAGGCCCAAGGACUCAGAACGGGAGGGGCAGGGCUAUAGCUUUGUGUCUCGUGGGGAGAUGGAGGCUGACAUCCGUGCCGGGCGCUACCUGGAGCAUGGCGAGUAUGAGGGCAAUCUGUAUGGCACACGGAUCGACUCCAUCCGGGGCGUUGUUGCCUCUGGCAAGGUGUGCGUGCUGGAUGUCAACCCGCAGGCGGUGAAGGUCUUGAGGACAGCUGAGUUUGUCCCUUACGUGGUGUUCAUUGAGGCUCCUGACUAUGAGACCCUGCGGGCCAUGAACCGGGCUGCGCUGGAGAGCGGCGUGUCCACUAAGCAGCUGACGGAGGCAGAUCUGAGGCGGACAGUGGAGGAGAGUAGCCGCAUCCAGAGGGGCUAUGGGCAUUACUUCGACCUCAGCCUGGUCAACAGCAACCUGGAAAGGACCUUCCGUGAGCUUCAGACUGCCAUGGAGAAGCUUCGCACGGAGCCGCAGUGGGUGCCUGUGAGCUGGGUGUACUGAGUCUUGCUCUGGACCUUGUUACUGCCUGGUCGGGAAUCCAACUUCCUCUCCACCUGUGAUCCUCCCCCAUCCUGCUAAUGGUCUUCAUCCCCCAUCUCUGGUUUUCCCUGGACCACAGUUCCCAGCAGGGGCUGGCUUCGGUAUAGAGGUGUGCACUGCCAGGGAGGUAGGUGUUCAUGGGGUACCUCUGUACCCAGGUGCUGCCCACUCCCCAUGUCUACUGGCCACCAGACAUCCCUUUCUAAGGACCAUGCUGUGUCCAGGAAUGUCUCAGAUCACUUCUGUAAUUCUUAGUCCAGGGACGAGCAGAGCUGCUUGGGGCCUUGUGGUCAGUAGGUCUGUGACCCUGCCAGCCUUUACUUCUCUGGACUGGCUACAACCAUCUUGUUUCCUGGCCCCUCCUACCCCUUACUCUAGUCCUAGAAACAGUUUUGGGCUGUUCCUAUAUGGCCAGGUACUUAGACCACUGGUAGCUAGGCAGAGGCAGACCCAGGUAAUGGUGCCAGUCUGGGCCAUUGUAGAGGCUGGGAGCACCCUGUCAUGAGCCAGUUGCUGUAGCUGGUGAUGCAGGCCUCAGCUCCCCAAGGAGCAAACAUAGUCUGGUCCCUUUCUUAUUCCAAGCUUCUCACUGCCAAAGUCUCUCCACAGACUUUCUCAAUGUGUCCCUCUUUUGUAAGCCCUGCCCCUCAAACUUACAGCUGGCUGGUGGCAGUAGGCUUAGCCCAGGUUGGAAACAGGGGCUAGAAAGCUAAACCCCCUAUUGUUGGGACCAAAAAGUACCCCAGGCUCACAGCCCAGGACAGGUCCCAUUCACUUCAGGUUUCUCUCUGGGUGGAACUAGGUGACCCAUUGGCAUCAGGGCUGAGGAGGGGUGGGAAGACUGUGAGAGGGGCUUGGAAACAGAUUAGCUUUAGUGGCACUUGCCACACAACCCUGGGGGUGCCAUUGGCACUGCAGGUGGGCAGCCUGUGGCUCCACUGCUAUGGUGCUGGUCUGUGUUUCUGGCCUUGGUGUGUGUGUGUGUGUUGCACAUGCAUAUGCACACAUUUGGUUUAGUUUGAGGGGAGGCAGAGGAUUGCCUUCUCUUGGAGGUGGCUCUUUGAGGUCCCCUUUGGGUUUCCCUCAAUUCCACCAUUUCUUACAAACCCCCAUUCCAGACUCCAGAGCCCAGAUCUUCCUCCACUCUCCCAUCUUCCCUUAUCCGAAGUACCAGCCUUUAGCCCUUGGGGAGGGUGAUUUUGUAAAAUAGGAUAAUCCUUCUAAGAACCACAUCCUUGACAUCUGGAGACAUUUCAUUCCUCAUUCUCGAGGGGCUCCAUGUCCUCACAGGAGACCCCCUGGCACCUCCACCCUGUGCCUCCCAGUUCUCCUGAGCAUCAGUCUUUGCUGCACUGUCAGCCCAAGCUCGUCCCUGAACCACUGUGUGCCCAUUUCCUAGGGAAGGGGAGGGAGGGAGAAUAGACAGAAUAUUUAUUACAAAUGCUAGAAAUAUAUUUAUUAUAUUAGGAAUCUCAUUUGCAUUGGCAUCAGAUGUGCAGAGGAGACUAGAGGUGGGCCCGCCCACUGCUCAUUUGCAUAGCUCUAUCACCUACGUGGUUUUCCUUUAGUCAAUCAAUGUCCUUUCCUUUAGUUCAAUAUCUUGCUGUGACCCUGACCCUUACUUAGCCGAAGGGGACUGUCCUGCUUCUUUCUUCCCCUGGAGGAUGAGUGCAGGGUUAGAGAAGCAUUUAUGACAGCCCCUGACCCCCCUUGAUUAACCCACAAAGCCCCCCAACCAAAAGACCAUGGCCUCUGAUAGAGAUCUGCCGGGCAACAUGCUGGAGAGUUGGUACUAGUUCUUCCCUGGAUAUCCAGCGUGGUAUCAAUCCCAACAUCCUCCUCUCUAGUAAUGUACAAGGGCCCCUCCUCUCUGAACAGCCUCCUACCUCUCUCUUUCCCCGAGCCUGGCUCUACAACCUGUCCAAGCACUGGCCAGGAGGGAACAGAGGCUGUGAGCCUCCUCAGCUCGCCUGGCACAGGGCUGGGUUAGAGAUAUGUUUGUGCCCACCAAGCUAGCUCUGUGACUCUGUUCUCCUUCCCUCCCACCAUGGCCUCUUGUAUUUGGGGACCUCAGGAGAAGGAGGACCCCGCCGCCCCCGCCAUGGUCCACACUCAGUCCCAGCUCGUUGCUGUCCCUCUGUUUCCCCCCACCCCCAGCCAUCUAAUUUUCGUGUUUUCUUUCUUUUCCUUUGAUUAAACGUGACAGCAAGUGUU